UAUGACGAUUGACGCUCGCCGCCUAGCUUGCUAUCCGUCUGACAUGGUCACCAACUAUAGCAGAUAUAGAAUGGACAGGAAACAGCAACAUUAUCCGAUGACUCCACGACUAUAGAUUGACGGGGAACGCAGCAAUUCGACAGCUACCAAGAACUCUCGGCCAAUAAAUAGAACUGCAGCUAUGUCGGCUGAAGACUCGCUCGUCCUCGGCAGGGCUAAGCGAAGUACGGCAGGAAACCGAUUACGGGCUUUACUGGACAAGGCCCAUACGCUGAACGCCGAGGAAGGGUUCGAAGAGGUAGAGGACGAUAACGACUUCGAGGACAACCUUGAACAGAAAGACGUCUUCGACGACGACUUCGCAUCGACAGACGAUGAGGCUGUGGCGGACGAGCUGGAUCCGACCACCCUGGAGAAACGUCUAAGGAGGGAAGAACGGACGCAGAACCAGAAGGAGAAGAGAAAGGGGAAAGGGUAUCAUGAUCCGUUGGCCUACUUGAAGAAGGGACCUAAGAAGAAGAAGGUCGCCGGGGGAUUGAGGACCACUGGCGAGCCGGAUUUAGUGGAGGUUACCGAGGACAUCGUAGACGAUGACGGGAACAAGGAGGAAAGGGACGCCAAAAGACGUCGUGUGACAAUCGUCGCUCCAUCGGAACAGGCUGAACAAGACCAAGACCAAGAUUCUUCGGGUGAAGAAGGAGAGGAAGAUGGAGACGAGGUGGAAGAGACCGCCUGGAAGAUCUCUAGAGGACGUCGAGGGGGUCUGGGAAGAAAGACCGCUCAGGGUGAAGUGAGAAGGAGCGCUCUAAGGGCUUCUACCAGAAACCUCCGGGACGAGGUCGAUGAGAGGGCUCAGGAGGAGUUGGCUCGACGGGCCGUCCAUCCUCUUCGCGGACCCCGAAAACCUCAUCCGAACCGACAACUUACCCAAGCCGACCUGAUCGCCCUCGCCCUCGAACGUGAAGAAGAGAAUAGGGAGAGCCUCAAAGACUGGUUGAAAAAGGAAGAAGAGAGGCGGUUGAAGUCGAAGGAAAAGAGAAAGGUCGUGGAAGGACCUAGAAUCAGGUGGAUUAGCCGGGUGGAGGGGGUCGAGGUGGUUGAGGUUGACGGAGAGGCUCAAGCGGGCCUGGCAGAGAAGCAGGAGGGAGAUACGAUCGAGGUGGCCUCCAAGCCGUCUGGCUCGGUGGCAGCGGGUCUGCCUCAGGGUGACAUGAUCGAGGUGAUAAAGCCAUCAUCAAACCAGGAGGCCCGGCCACCUGUCCCACCGGCCAGUCUGGCAGGGGUACCUAUUGAAGUCACUCCGGCCGUCCUUCCCGUUGCAUCUUCGUCAUCUCCUUCAAUAAUUCCACCGGGGGCAGCAAACGCGCAAAAGAAUGAGAAUUUACCUGAAUCCUCAGACCACGCCAUUCCGGCCGAAACGACUGGCGUCUCACCCGAAAAUCGGCAGGCAGGACCUUUUACUCGAAAUUACCUCGUUCUAGAAGAGAUCCGAGGAGGAUUGAAAGCAGAGAUGGAUGUCAUACUCGGAGAUCACAUAGAUUGGACGCGAGUGCCGGUAGUCAGCACCAGGAAUCGAUUUCAGACCAGACGAAAACCGAUAUGUCCCCUUACCGGCAGAAUGGCGUCGUAUCGACAUCCAGCCACUCACAUCCCAUACGCAUCGAAGAACGCUUAUCGGGCGAUCGAGAAUGUACUACAAGGCGCCUACCGAUGGAGUUCCGACCACGACGCAUUUCUCGAUUUCGAGGGGACUCGCGACGAUCUGGGUCAUGUCGAGGUAGCAGACGGAUUAAUGGACGAAGUGGAAGGAUGGGCGCAAGCUUGUUUUCAGGGACGGAAAGAAGCAUUAGAAGAAGUGGAGCUGAUCGACGAUCAUCGAAAUGGCGGGACCGACGAUCCACCUCGGGCCGACGAUCCGAUGGACAUCGUGGAGGUGCAAGAUACAUCUGAUCAGGUGACUGCAAAAACAGUCGAAUCGGUUGUGAAACAGGAGAAUGAAUUGUCGAAAUCGAAGAAAACGACUACCAGUACUGUUUCAAAACGCAAACCGCCCGCCCGAAAGAUGCAGUAACACCUCCUUUGGCUGUUCGUGCUUCUCAUAGAUUACGAUCGUACCAUGUUUAUUGACGAUAUCAAAUCAUCCACGAACAAUAAGGGCGGCGCUGCGCCGAUCGUUAUUACCAACAUCUCGAGAUUGGUAUCUUCCGAGAAGCCUGAAUGAAUAAGA